UUUAUUUUUUGUUGUUGUUGUAAUGUUUAGCUUCUCGUUCACGUAAUUCGUGCUAAUAUAUAUAUAUUUUUUUGUGCUAGCUCCCAAUUGACUCCCAUUGACUCCUUGAAGGAGAGAAUUUCUUGUCGGAGGUUACCCAGAAUCCACCGCGUGACACAUUGACAACGUACAGUGGCGUAACAUACAGUGGCGUUACGUACAGUGGGCGUUAAUACGGUUCCAAUGGCGUUUCCCAUCUCCUCAGAAGUAUCUAUGUGACGUCUAGUCACAACCUAGAUAGCUUGGCUUCUUGUGUCUCACAGUCAGUGUUGGGAAUGCAGCCACCACUCCCACCGGAUGCAGUCAGAGAGCUGGUGUGUUCCUGUCUUCACAGGGACCCAGUAGCCGCUGAUCUGAGAUGCAGCCUGUUUGUGGCAGCUGCUCAGAACUACAAAAGGGACUCGGUGCUCAGACCUUAUCCUCCCAGAUACAUCAGAGACAGAGACACCAAGGAGUUUGAUGAGCUGCUGUCAGAUGUCAGCAGUUUGCCUGGUGUGAGGGAGCUGGUGAGACUGAGACCUGGUGAAGCUGACCACCAUCUGGCUCUCACACACUGGGUUCUUUCCUCCAAGAGCUUCGCUGUGAAAACACUACAGAAAGACGAGUAUGCCAAGCUGUGUAACCUGACUGAGAGUGAGGGAAUCUCCACGCCUGUUCCAGACUUCCUGUUUGAGCUGGAGUACUGCGACCAGAUGAACGCUAAGUUUGAGAAGACACGGGCGGGACGCGACCUCUUCUAUGCAUUCCACGGUAGCCGACUGGAGAACUUCCAUUCUAUCAUCCACAACGGACUACACUGCCACCUCAACAAGGUCAGGGAUGUGACAACGUCAUUGUUCGGAGAGGGCACCUACCUCACCAGUGACCUCAGCAUGGCGGUCCUCUACAGUCCCCAUGGCAACGGUUGGCGCGACAGUCUCCUGGGACCGUUGCUAAGCUGCGUCGCCGUGUGUGAGGUCAUCGACCACCCAGACGUUAAGUGCCAGGUGAAGAGGAAAGACUCGGAGACCAUUGACCGUCAGCGCUCCAGAGCCAGAAACAGUGAAGGAGGAGAGGUCCCUCAGAAGUACUUUGUGGUCACCAACAAUCAGCUUCUCCGAGUCAAGUACCUGCUAGUAUACUCUCAGAGAAGACACCUGUCCAGACAUUCCCGGGGCAGGUCGUGGUUGGUCAGACAUCACUUUGCCAUCAUGAUGAGUCUCUAUCUGCUGCUACUCAUCGUCAUCGGUGCCUUCAACUCCACCACAUUCCUCUCCUUCUGGAACAGGCUUUUCCGGUGACGUCACAAUCACAGGACCACACUCUUCUGGUGACGUCACAAUGAAAUCACCGGACCUCACCAAUCACAGGACAUGGUCUUCCGUUGAUAUCACACGAGUCAUGGUGCUUUCCCACUGCAGCGCCGGUCGGUCCCGCCUGAGGCUCUCUAUAGGCUUAAACCCCAGGUGUUUCCUGGGGAAAUUGUUCAUCCUUUCCAUCCCUAGGGCUGACGUUAAGGACUUGGGAAGAGCAGUGUGUCAAGUUCAACAUCUGAAUAUUCAAACCGUUUCUUAUGAGGAGGAAUAGUUCAUAUAUACAUGGACCAUUCUUGUCAUUCAUAGUGCCUUCCAUAACAGAGAGAGAGACAAUCAGACAGAUGGGAAAAUAGGACAUACAUAUUAUACACUUAACACUGCUUUCCUUUAAUCUCUUUCCUGUCUUCCACCUCUUUGUAUGUAUAGUCUACAUGGUUAUUACCACCACUGGUUAUAACACCCUGAGGCUGUUUCCACAUGGUUAUUACCACCACUGGUUAUAACACCCUGAGGCUGUUUCCACAUGGUUAUUACCACCACUGGUUAUAACACCCUGAGGCUGUUUCCACAUGGUUAUGAUCACCGCUAUGGUUAUAACACCCUGAGGCUGUUUCCACAUGGUUAUUACCACCACUGGUUAUAACACCCUGAGGCUGUUUCCACUUGGUUAUGAUCACCGCUAUGGUUAUAACACCCUAAGGCUGUUUCCACAUGGUUAUUAUCACCGCUAUGGUUAUAACACUCUAAGGCUGUUUCCACAUGGUUAUUACCACCACUGGUUAUAACACCCUGAGGCUGUUUCCACAUGGUUAUGAUCACCGCUAUGGUUAUAACACCCUGAGGCUGUUUCCACAUGGUUAUUACCACCACUGGUUAUAACACCCUGAGGCUGUUUCCACAUGGUUAUUACCACCACUGGUUAUAACACCCUGAGGCUGUUUCCACAUGGUUAUUACCACCACUGGUUAUAACACCCUAAGGCUGUUUCCACAUGGUUAUUACCACCACUGGUUAUAACACCCUAAGGCUGUUUCCACAUGGUUAUUACCACCACUGGUUAUAACACCCUAAGGCUGUUUCCACAUGGUUAUUACCACCACUGGUUAUAACACCCUAAGGCUGUUUCCACAUGGUUAUUACCACCGCUAUGGUUAUAACACCCUAAGGCUGUUUCCACCUGGUUAUUAACACUGCUAUGGUUAUAACACCCUAAGGCUGUUUCCACCUGGUUAUUAACACUGCUAUGGUUUUAACACCCUAAGGCUGUUUCCACAUGGUUAUUACCACCGCUAUGGUUAUAACACCCUAAGGCUGUUUCCACCUGGUUAUUAUCACCGCUAUGGUUAUAACACCCUAAGGCUGUUUCCACCUGGUUAUUACCACCGCUAUGGUUAUAACACCCUAAGGCUGUUUCCACCUGGUUAUUAUCACCGCUAUGGUUAUAACACCCUAAGGCUUUUUCCACAUGGUUAUUACCACCGCUAUGGUUAUAACACUCUAAGGCUGUUUUCACAUGGUUAUUGACCCCCACGAUGAAAUCGGGGAGGGGACUGCAGAUCUCUCUCCGUACGUUACUUAUGUUAGUCACACAAUAUCUCAGACAGCACUGGGACGAUUUUGACGAAGCUUGGAUGAAUGACACAUCUUGCCAUAAAGAUCCGGGAAUUUUACAAAAUGACACUGAUUGGCCAGAUGGUGGCGCUAUAACAGAGAUAAAAAUGCUGACUUUGAAAGGUCAUGCCCCUCACCCUGUUUGACCUAAAGCCAUGAAAUUCGGUCCCUCUCCUCACAAGGAGCACAUUUGCCUCAGGGACUCAUUAAGCAAUGUUCCCUCUAAUCUGCGUGCAGGCGCGCAGUAGCCCUGAGACUGCCGCAUGACUCAGCCCUUACUCUACACAGACCGGUGCGGCAUAACCAAUAAGAGCUGGAGUAGGCCUAUAUGCAAAUACACCAUUGCCGUAUAUGGAUCUGUGCCAUUUACUUUGAACUGGACUGUGUUUACAGCAUGAGCGGUGAUGAGUACCUGUGCUUGUUAUGAGAUCAAAGCGAAAGCUGCAUGUAGGCACAUGUGCACAUUUUGUUCAUAUUCUUUGCUAGUUAGUGAGUUAUUAGCCCACUUAUAGAUCAUUUAUAGUCAGCAAUAGGGGAGUGAUUUGCUUCUUACAAGAGCACAAAACAUGUACAUUUCUAGACAUCUUUUUUUUUUUUUUAAAGCAAGUAAGGUAAAGAACUUAUUCUUUCUUUUCUUAAAGGGGCAGUGUUGUAUUUUGAGCCGGGCUUGAAUAAGCUAAGUAGCCAAUAGGCAGAGGGUAGCUUAAUUUGUCUGAUUAUCUGUAAUAAUGGUAUGAGAAUAAUAAUCAUCAAUUUUAUUUUGUAAAGUGGUUUAUUCCAUCAAACACAACAUUUUCAGUCACCACCUUGUCUGAAGGACAAGUUGAUAAACAGGGUAAUGUUUAAGCCCUCCAUGUUUUUUUUCUUCUUCGUUAGUCUCAUUGAAUGUAGGCCUACGUUGAACACCACACAUUGGCUGCUACUGUCGGCUGAAUGGUAGAACAGCUGUUUCCAUGUUAAAAUGUUAUGGCAUGCAUUUACUCCAUUGUUUUUGAUGGUAGGCCACUCUGGUAGGCCUACAUUAUGAUCAAAUAGCCACAGUAGCCUACUUGUCCACUUCAAACUGUAUCUUAAAGCGGGUACAGCCUCAGUGUUCACAGUCAACUCGCUCAGGAAGUUGCACAGAAUUUUCACAACGUUGAAGUUUGCGCUUAGCAGACCUAAAAUUUUGCUCAGUGCCAGAAUAAAUGAGAGGGAGUUCAUUACGUCCACAAUGAUGAAUUUCACUGCAUUUAGAAUUUUGUGAAAAACCCAAACGCGACUCUUCUGGCACCGACUGCCUGAUCUGCACAAGACUGGAUAUGUUGCAUCUAUGGACAAAGGUCUCUGAACGCAGUAUCUUUCCGGACUAGUACAGUACAGCACCUAAAACAACAUGGCCGCUAUUGACUAGUAAACAUUCAGGUGGGCGUGGUCUGGCACAUUUAAAAUCGAUAUAAAUCAGUCAAGGAUAUUGGUAUUGUAACACAAUGUGGUACACGUGUUGCGAACACUGUCAAGAUUCAACAUGGUGCGAGAACAUUCAUAACGACCUCAAGGUGGCGCUAUAACAGGCAGCUGUUUUUAUAUCUCUUGAUUUGUUUGACUGGGUGAUUAAAAUCUGGCACAAUGUCUAGCUAAACCCCCAUAUCACAGACACCACUUGAUGGAACUUAAUGACACGUGUUGCCAUAGAGAUCCGGCAUUUACAAAAUGCCACUGAUUGGCCCAAGGGGAGCUCUGUGUCAUUAGUUUGGGAUGACGUGUUUACUUUUGCCUUGUUACCACUACUGUGGUUAUAACACCCUGAGGCUGUUUCCACAUGGUUAUUACCACUACUGUGGUUAUAACACCCUGAGGCUGUUUCCACAUGGUUAUUACCACUGCUAUGUUUAUAACACCCUGAGGCUGUUUCCACAUGGUUAUUACCACUACUGUGUUUAUAACACCCUGAGGCUGUUUCCACAUGGUUAUUACCACUGCUAUGUUUAUAACACCCUGAGGCUGUUUCCACAUGGUUAUUACCACUGCUAUGUUUAUAACACCCUGAGGCUGUUUCCACAUGGUUAUUACCACUACUGUGGUUAUAACACCCUGAGGCUGUUUCCACAUGGUUAUUACCACUACUGUGGUUAUAACACCCUGAGGCUGUUUCCACAUGGUUAUUACCACUACUGUGGUUAUAACACCCUGAGGCUGUUUCCACAUGGUUAUUACCACUACUGUGGUUAUAACACCCUGAGGCUGUUUCCACAUGGUUAUUACCACCGCUAUGUGUAACAGUGUAGGUUCCGUCCCUCUCUUCACCCCAACCUGGGCUCGAACCAGGGACCCUUGCCCACAUCAACAACUGACACCCCACGAAGCAUCGUUACCCAUCGCGCCACAAAAGCCACGGCCCUUGCAACGCAAGGGGAAACCCUACUUCAAGUCUCAGAGCGAGUGACGUCACCGAUUGAAACGCUACUAGCGCGCACCACCGCUAACUAGCUAGCCAUUUCACAUCAGUUACAUAUGUUUAUAACACCCUAAGGCUGUUUCCACAUGGUUAUUACCACUGCUAUGGUUAUAACACCCUAAGGCUGUUUCCACAUGGUUAUUACCACUGCUAUGGUUAUAACACCCUAAGGCUGUUUCCACAUGGUUAUUACCACUGCUAUGGUUAUAACACCCUGAGGCUGUUUCCACAUGGUUAUUACCACUGCUAUGGUUAUAACACCCUGAGGCUGUUUCCACAUGGUUAUUACCACUGCUAUGGUUAUAACACCCUAAGGCUUUUUCCACAUGGUUAUUAUCACCGCUAUGGUUAUAACACCCUAAGGCUGUUUCCACCUGGUUAUUAACACUGCUAUGUUUAUAACACCCUGAGGCUGUUUCCACAUGGUUAUUACCACUGCUAUGUUUAUAAUACCCUGAGGCUGUUUCCACAUGGUAAUUACCACUGCUAUGUUUAUAAUACCCUGAGGCUGUUUCCACAUGGUAAUUACCACUGCUAUGGUUAUAACACCCUGAGGCUGUUUCCACAUGGUUAUUACCACUGCCAUGGUUAUAACACCCUAAGGCUGUUUCCACCUGGUUAUUACCACUGCCAUGGUUAUAACACCCUGAGGCUUUUUAAUUUUCUGUUAUUGAAAGGAAACAUUUAUCAUUGAGUGAACUUAGUAUAUCUGUUCACCAUUUAUUCUCAAGCACAAUUGUGCAAUGUGGUUGUACGACAAUUGUGACAUGCAAUGGCAAACCUGUAGACAAACAGCAUUCUGUUUCCUGUGUGGACAAGCACGGUCCUUACAACCGAAUGGCUAUUAAAAUGUCACUAACAAACAGGUUUGGGGUCAAUGCCAUCUCAAUUCCUGUCAAUUCAGGAAGUACACUGAAUCCUCCAAAUAUAUCAAUGAGUGAGAAAGUUGCAGAUGCACAAAGAGCAUGCCUCUAGAACAUGCUAACCUCUCACCGUUACCAAUAUUCCUGAUUCGUUCAUGAUUGUCCGUAAUCAUGGUAGCAUCCAACUUUUAAUGUAGAAGUGUUCAGAAACUUGUUUAGAAUAGAAAUGGCUAUUGGGCACAACAUCAUCAGAAACAUAACCAAAAUAAACUGCAAAUGAAUCCAACAGGUCUGUAGAGUCACACGCUUGAUGUAGUCAUUGUGUUCUAGGAAUAUGGGACCAAAACCAAACGUUUGACUACUUUAAUACACUAUAAGUCAAUUUGUCCAAAUACUUAUGAAACCUUCAAAUGGGGGGGACUAGAUAAAUAGGGCUUUCAUUUUUAAACGGUAAAAGAGAUAUGUAUGAAAAUACCAUCAAAUAAAAGGUGACAUUUUGUACUGUCGCCUCCUAUAAAACAUUUUGAUUUCAAAUCCAAAAUGCUGGAGUCAAAAUAAAAGUUUCAGCUUCACUGUCCAAAUAAAUCCAUAAGGGGGUAUAACUUCCAGUCCGUAGUGUUAUUGGUCUGUUUUACUCCUCUUUUCCUCCAGAUUGUAACUUUAUUAUGGUCUGUUUGUCUGUAUUAAUGCUUUAUGACGCCUGAUACCCCAACGA